AGCACCCGUGGGAGCGCCGGGACGUAGGGUAGCGAGUUCUGAAGUGGAACCAGCUGUGCAUCCAUGGAGCAAGGCGGAGGGCAGAGCACAGGAUGUGCUAAGGCCAUCAGACCUAUCGAUCAGAGGUCGGUCCAUCAGAUUUGUUCUGGGCAAGUGGUAUUGAGUCUCAGCUCCGCUGUGAAGGAGUUGGUAGAAAACAGUGUGGACGCCGGUGCUACUAAUAUUGACCUAAGGCUUAAAGACUAUGGGGUGGACCUCAUUGAAGUUUCAGACAAUGGAUGCGGGGUAGAAGAAGAAAACUUUGAAGGUUUAACUCUGAAACAUCACACUUCUAAGAUUCAAGAGUUUGCUGACCUAACUCAGGUUGAAACUUUUGGCUUUCGGGGGGAAGCUCUGAGCUCACUUUGUGCACUGAGUGACGUCACCAUUUCUACCUGCCACUCAUCUGCAGAGGUUGGGACUCGGCUGGUGUUUGAUCACAAUGGGAAAAUUAUCCAGAAAACCCCAUACCCACGGCCCCGAGGGACGACGGUCAGUGUCCAGCAGCUGUUUUACACGCUGCCUGUGCGCCACAAGGAGUUUCAAAGGAAUAUUAAAAAGGAGUUUGCCAAAAUGGUCCAUGUCCUCCAUGCGUACUGUAUCAUUUCCACGGGCAUCCGUGUAAGUUGCACCAAUCAGGUGGGGCAAGGAAAACGACAGCCUGUGGCCGGCACCAGCGGAAGCUCCAGCAUAAGGGACAAUAUUGGAUCUGUGUUUGGGCAGAAACAGCUGCAGAGCCUCAUUCCUUUCGUUCAGCUGCCCCCUAGUGACGCCGUCUGCGAGGAGUUCGGGCUGAGUGGCUCAGACGCGCUGCGCAGUCUGUUUCAAGUCUCGGGUUUCGUUUCCCACUGCACUCACGGCGCCGGACGGAGCUCAGCGGACAGACAGUUUUUCUUUAUCAAUUGGCGGCCUUGUGACCCAGCAAAGGUUUCCAGACUUGUGAACGAGGUCUAUCACACGUAUAAUCGGCAUCAAUACCCGUUUGUUGUUCUUAACAUUUCUGUUGAUUCGGAAUGUGUCGAUAUCAACGUCACUCCGGAUAAAAGGCAGAUUCUACUGCAAGAGGAGAGACUCCUGCUGGCGGUGUUGAAGACGUCUCUGAUGGGGAUGUUCGACAGCGAUGCCAGCAGGCUCAGCGCCAGUCAGCAGCCCCUGGUGGGUGUGGAAGGUCACCUAAUAAAAAUGCAGCCGGCAGAGAGGGACACACCUCUGCCGGAGGAGCAGGGGUCCCAUGCUUCAGUGAGAUCUCGAGGAGAAGAGAAAAGGGCAGUGACCAUUUCCAGACUGCGGGAGGCCUUUUCUCUCCGUCACCCAGCAGAGAACCGGCCCCGGGGCCUGCCGUCUGCGGAAGCCAGACGGGUUUCUCCGAGACAGAAGACGAGUGUGUCCUCUCAGAGGCCUUUGGACUCCCUCUGCUCCCAGACGCCCAGCUCAGGUGCAGGCCGGCCCAGCCCUCCGGGAGCGGGGAUGCAUGCAGACGGGGACAGAGUGGAGGCGGAGAGGGACUCGGGGCACGGCAGUGCCUCAGUGGGCUCAGAGGAGGGGCUCAGCACCCCGGACAUGGGCAGUCUCUCUGGCAGUGACCGGGCAGCCAGCUCCCCUGAAGACAGGUUUUCACAGGAAAACACAGAGUCGUGUGAGAAGUUGCCUGAAACUGAGCAUCGUGUUCCGGACACGGAAGGCCGUGGAGACCAGGAAGAUGGUGUACACCAGUUGAGAGUGUUGCCUCAGCCCGCUGAUUUGUCAAACUCCAAGCGUUUUAAAAAAGAAGGAGUUCCUUUGAAUUCUGACAUCUGUCAAGAGUCGGUUAACACACAGAACAUGUCAGUGUCUCAGGCUGAUGUAGCUGUUAAAAUUAACAAGAAAAUAGUGCCCCUUGACUUUUCCAUGAAUUCUUUGGCUAAACGCAUAAAGCAGUUACAUCACCAAGAGCAGCAGAGAGGACGUGAACAGAGUUACAGGAAGUUUAGGGCGAAGAUUUGUCCUGGAGAAAAUCAAGCAGCAGAAGAGGAACUGAGGAAAGAGAUAAGUAAAACGAUGUUUGGAGAGAUGGAAGUCAUCGGACAGUUCAACUUGGGCUUCAUAAUCACCAAGCUGGGCGCGGACAUCUUCAUCGUGGACCAGCACGCCACGGACGAGAAGUACAACUUCGAGAUGCUGCAGCAGCACACCGUCCUGCAGGGCCAGAGGCUCCUCGUACCCCAGACUCUCAACUUGACUGCUGUCAAUGAGGCCAUCCUAUUAGAAAAUCUGGAAAUAUUCAGAAAGAAUGGCUUUGAUUUCGUCAUUGAUGAAAGUGCACCAGUCACUGAAAGGGCUAAAUUGAUUUCCUUGCCGACAAGUAAAAACUGGACCUUUGGGCCCCAGGACAUAGAUGAACUGAUCUUCAUGCUGAGCGACAGCCCGGGGGUCAUGUGCCGGCCUUCCCGCGUCCGGCAGAUGUUUGCCUCCAGGGCCUGUCGGAAGUCUGUGAUGAUCGGAACUGCUCUUAACACAAGCGAGAUGAAGAAACUCAUCACCCACAUGGGUGAGAUGGACCAUCCCUGGAACUGUCCCCACGGCAGGCCAACCAUGAGACACAUCGCUAAUCUGGAUGUCAUUUCUCAAAACUGACACUUAUUGUUGUGUAGACCUAGACGGUUUAUUGCAGACGUCUCUGUGUUGAAAGGCAGAGUUUUAACCAUUGAGCACCAGAGCCAUUUAGAAAUGAUGGUGAAAACCUUUUGAACCGUGUGGAGCAUGGCUGCAGUGUGUCAUGUUCUGCGUUUGCACGUCUGUCUAUCUGUCUGUCUGCGGAUGUGUGUACAUAGGCAAGCGCAUGUUUUUUUAGGACAGGAAGAGCACUUUCAAAGUCUCUGCUCUGGCCCAACGUAUUUUAGGCUGUAAAUUUGAGCCCUUUGCGGUGAUUAAAUUUGUAAUGGUUUAAUUUCAUAAAUUUAAAAUUAUGGUCCUCUUGGGUUAGUGGUUCUCAACCCCGAUGCACAUGAAGAAGAAAAAAGAAUAAUCUGGAAAACCCAGCAGGGAUUCUCUGUCCGGCUGGAAGAGAACGACCCACAUGGGGCUGGAUCAUGAUUUUUCAAAGUUCCCCGGUGUGACCAGGGCAGUUAAGGCGCUAUUGUGGGCAGGGGGAAAUAAAAGGUCCGGAUUUGUCUGUCA